AUGGCUGCAACACACUUUUGGUGCUGCGCUUUGAAAGUUCUGGUGGCGAUCCUUAUCUUCGCGAACGUGCUUUACUAUCGGUUCAGUGACUGGUACUACGUCACGGUUUUGACCAAUGGCCCUUCGCAAAAGAUAUCGUUCUUCGGCAGGCAAGACGCUGUAAACUAUUCCUCACUCCCUGGCCAUUUGGGGUCCGCGGUGGAGUUUGAUUUUUCGGACCAAGCGAUAGCGUCUCUCGUGAGCGGAAGCAUCGAGCGUUACGGAUUCAACGAGUACGCCUCGGCGUUGAUACCCCUCCGCCGGGUGCUGCCAGAUCUUCGCGAUCCAUGGUGUGAAGGUGACCGUGUGCAGCGCCAACGGCUGCCCCCGACGGCGAUCGUGAUCGUGUUCUACAACGAACCGUGGUCUGCGCUACUUCGGACCGUGCACUCGGUGCUCGAUCACUCGCCGGUCGAACUGGUCCAAGAAAUUGUGCUCGUUGAUGACUUUUCGUCUUUCCCUUUUUUGCAGAACGAACUCGAAGAGUAUUGGCGUCCGUAUCCGCAGGUUCGCAUCAUUCGUGCUCCCAAGCGGCUGGGAUUGAUCAGGGCGAGGAUCCUGGGAGCCAAGAGUACCAGGGCUCCGUUACUCACGUUUCUGGAUGCGCACGUUGAGUGUACCACCGGGUGGUUGGAGCCGUUGCUAGAUCAAGUGGAUCGCAAUGAAACUACGAUCGCCGUGCCACUGAUCGAUAGAAUCGAUGACAACGAUCUACAACUUAUCGUGAACGUGUCGUCCCAACUGGUUGGUGCGUUCGAAUGGGACCUCAACUUUGGCUGGUGGCAACGUUCGAUGUUGCCAGCCCGAAAUUCGGUCGACCGUGCUCCGUACGAACCCUUCGAGUCACCGGCGAUGGCAGGCGGUCUAUUUUCCAUUUCACGCCGCUUUUUCACCCGCCUCGGUUGGUACGAUGAAGGGUUCGGUGUGUAUGGUAUGGAAAACGCCGAACUGUCCAUCAAAAGCUGGAUGUGCGGAGGACGCAUAGUGGCCGUGCCCUGUUCACACGUCGCACACAUACGCAAAAGUUCCCAUCCGUUCAUCGGAGCGGCGCAACAGAAUGUUACGUUCCUGAACUCGGUUCGCGUGGCCGAAGUCUGGAUGGACGAGUACAAGCGGGUCGUGUUUGACGCGAACGGCAUUCGGCGAUACACGGAGGAGCUGUUUGGAUCCGUGGCCGAUCGGAAGGCAGUUCGGGCUGGUGCCGGGUGUCGCACGUUUCAGUACUAUCUCGAGCGGGCCUACCCAGAAAUGCCGUCACCGAUUGUCCCGGGACAGUUCCGUGGCGAGGUUCGCAAUGCGGCGCUUGGUAAUGGAACGUGCUUGACGGUGCGUUCGCUGGGAAACACACCCACCAUGGAAGAUUGCGGUCAGCAGAAACCAGCACAGUUUUGGGCCCACAACUUCUACCAGGAGCUCAACAGUUAUCGACGAUGUUUGGAAGCAGAACCUGUUCUGAAGAUCACAGCAUGCCACCGCCAUCGCGGUUCACAGGCGUGGAACUACAAUCCGGAUAGCAUGCAACUGCGGAGUAUCCCCAAGCAACAGUGUCUUUCGAUAGUCAGCGUGACAGAUAACCGCACGGAAUUGACAUUGGAACCGUGUGAGGAACACAAACUGGCACAGCAAUGGUACGCACAGCUGACGGAGUACGGGUUUUGGAAACAACUUCAAUAA